AUGCGUCCCGAGACGGGCGGGGCCGGUGCCUGCGGCCACCCAGCGCGUUCCCGUUGGUGGAGGAAGAAGCNGCUGCCGUGCGACGAGCACCGCUGCUCGCCCUUCCCCCUGGGGGCGCUGGUGCCGGUGACCGCCGUGUGCCUGGGUCUGUUCGCCGUCGGGGUGAGCGGCAACGUGGUGACGGUGCUGCUGAUUGGGCGCUACCGGGACAUGCGGACCACCACCAACCUGUACCUGGGCAGUAUGGCCGUGUCCGACCUGCUCAUCCUGCUCGGGCUGCCCUUCGACCUGUACCGCCUCUGGCGCUCGCGGCCCUGGGUGUUCGGGCCGCUGCUCUGUCGCCUCUCGCUGUACGUGGGCGAAGGCUGCACCUACGCCACGCUGCUGCACAUGACGGCGCUCAGCGUGGAGCGCUACCUCGCCAUCUGCCGGCCGCUCCGCGCCCGCGUCCUCGUCACCCGCUCCCGGGUGCGCGCGCUCAUCGCGGCGCUCUGGGCCGUGGCGCUGCUCUCCGCCGGGCCCUUCUUCUUUCUCGUGGGCGCCGCGGCGCUGUUCAGCCGGGAGUGCCGGCCGAGCCCCUCGCAGCUGGGCGCGCUGCGGGUCAUGCUGUGGGUCACCACCGCCUACUUCUUCCUGCCCUUUCUGUGCCUCAGCGUCCUCUACGGGCUCAUCGGGCGGGAGCUGUGGAGGAGCCAGGGGCCGCUGCGAGGCCCAGCGGCCUCCGGGCGGGAAAAGGGCCACCGGCAGACAGUCCGCGUUCUGCUGGUGGUGGUUCUGUCAUUUAUAGUUUGCUGGUUGCCUUUCCAUGUUGGCAGAAUCAUUUACAUAAAUACAGAAGAUUCUCAGAUGAUGUACUUCUCUCAGUACUUUAACAUUGUUGCAUUGCAACUUUUCUAUCUAAGUGCAUCCAUUAACCCAAUCCUCUACAACCUCAUUUCAAAGAAGUAUAGAGCUGCGGCCUGGAAACUACUGCGAGCAAGACAACCGGCACAGAGAGGUGUCUGUAGAAACAGAAACACAGAGGGGACUACAGGAGGAGACACCGCUGGCUACACCGAGACCAGCGCUAGGCUACCAACUCCUGCCACCAGCAUGGCCAAGCAAAUCACCUCCUCCCACAGUUCUGGGACUUCAGAGAAAACAGGUCUGUAGGGCAAUAAGGACUAAAAGAGGAAACUGACGCUGUUAAGAAGAAUUAGAGUAACUUUGUCAGCAUGAUGUUUUUUCAAUCAAGGUACGAAAAGUAAGUGUACUAAUCUUUCUAGUUUUCCUUUCAUGUACCUCCUCAGAGACAUUCAUUUUAGCCUCAUGCAAUCCCACACCACAAAAUGUGCUCUUAGGAGGUUCCACAAGUCUUCAUUCUCCUAGUCUUUGGAAAUAGGAUUGCUCAUUUUCCAGUUAAUAAGGUACAGAGAGAUGAUGGGAUAAAAAUGGUUGCCUUUGAGAUCAAAAGUGUAUUUUUUUUUAUGUUUUGUAUAUAAAUGUAAUGGUGCAUAUACAAGGAACCUUGGAUAAUGACAGCAUUGAUUCAAGAAAUUAUUUAAUGCCUAUUUAUGGCAGCAAAAAUUUUUUAAAGCAAGUAAAAGGAAUUCUGGGCUGAGUCCAAUGUUCAGAGUCCUAUCUCCUGGCUCAAAGAAAAUCAUAAAGUUUAGGCACAAUACCUUCCUGCUGGACUACUGUGCAUAAGCCAAUUGUGUUGCAAACUUCUUCUCCCUGAGACAGCCAUGGGGCUUUCCCAGUGCCAUUGGCCAGGAGGUAGCAAACUCAGGCACUGAAGCCUGAGGGUAGGAAGGUAGAGCAGGACCUGACUUCUGGACAUUUAUAAAGAGCUUUAGUACGUCUUAGUCACCUCAGGUUGGUGACUAAGUGUUGUCAUCAUUACUGUUUUAACAGUGAUGAAACUGGGCCUUAGAUUUCCCAAUUAGGAACUGAUGGGUCUGAGUAAGAACUCCAGGGAGUCUUUAAGAUCUUUUUUUAAAAAAAUAAAAUAAAACAAUAAUAAUUUUACAAUUCAUUUAACAGCAACUGGUAAUCCUGAAAUUAGCAGUGGUUAUCUUAUUGUACUAGCUGUGCUGUCAUUACCUGAGGUUGAUCAAACUCACCUAGAGUCAGACAUUUCCCACUUAAGAUGCAUCAUAUAAAUCGGACUUGGUUUAUCACCAGCAUUUAUAAAACCAGACCUAAGGAAAGAACUGGGGACACAUGCAUGUUUUUAAUAUAGCGAAUGUUUAGCCUGAUCAUUACAAAAUCAGAGCGCGAGAAUAUUCUUAGUCUUUAAGAUCUUUACCCACUCCCACCCCAAGCUGCUUUUAGUGAAAAACACGAGUCAGUGGAUGUAUUCAAGGGUGAAAAAGAAUGUAUUGGACAUUCUGACCAACAACUCUGUAACUCUGUUUUGUUUUUUACGGUUUAAAACAUAAACCUGUUCCCUGAGGCCCUCAUUCUUGAUGAGGUCUGCGUGAAUGGUGCCCCCUGGAGGUGAGAGGGCACUACUUGCUUGGUCCUAAAUUGCAACCAAGUGAAUCCAUAAACAAGGGUUGCUCAACACGCUGGCAAAGUUCUGCUGCUUUGUCACUUGAUUAGCCAAGUACAGUGAUGCCUUCAAGUCCACUUGAAGUAUCCUAACUCCCUGACCUUGCCCUUCCCUGGAUCAGCAGUGAAGUCUCUCCUCUACCAUGUGUUUCUUCCAGCUAGUGGAAGAAGCAGACGGCAGCUACUUGGGGCAGCAGUCCCUAAACUCUGUUCUGCAGAUUUUCAAGGAUUGUUUGAAAGCAUUCUUUCUGCUCACAGAGUUCCUGUCUGGGCAGUCAGAAGUGGCUUCUUCCCUGUGGAAGGUCAUGGUUAAGAACCUUACUGGUUUUAUUUACAGUAUAAUAUUUUAGGUAUAGAAGCAAAGACCUUGCCUUGGAGCUUUCUCGUUCAGAUUCUAGAAAAGGAUUUACAUCACACUCUCCUGUGAUCUAAGAGUGUUCCCAGGCGUGGGCAUGGGCGAGGAUCACUCUUCCUUUGCUGCAGGGUCCCUGAAAUGGAGUGCCUGCGCCCAUCCUUCCAGUGCAUCACUGUGCUGUUGUUUUCAAAAUGCUCCUCUCGCCCAUUAGUGGAUUGUGAAAUCAGUGGAGUGGGUCACAUUUUUCUUUAAUGGAAAGGAGUGGGCAAGAGUAGAAUUGAGAAAUCAGUAUGGCCCAUAUAGUAAGGGAAACUGCUGUAUUGUGAAACUUUUGUUCGUAUUAUAUGUUGGUUGGUGUCUUUUCUGGUUCACAAAAUAAAACGUUUUCCUACUGUG